UUUAAAAAAUAGUAAAAAUAUAUGUAAAUAUUUGGAGAAUAUGAAAAUGAAGUGGAAAAUAAAAGUGUUGGAAAAAUAAAUUGCCAGCGGUCGCUGAUAGUGACUAAAAUUAGUGUUAAUCUACGCAAUGUAGUAAUAAUCAAUAAUCAGUAUUUUCACCCCCAAAUAUGAACGAAAUAAAAUAAAAUUAAUUAAUUAAGCAGUUUAAACGAACAAAAAAAUUUUUAGAAAAAAAUGCAAACAACUCUUUGGUCAAAAUGUAUACAAAUUGAAAAGUUUGGAGAACCAAAUGAAGUAUCAAUUCUUUGUACAAUCCCUAUAGAUCCAAAAAAAUGGAAUGAAAAUGCAGCUUUAAUAAGAUGGAUAGCUUCACCAAUAAAUUUAUUAGAUUUAAAUAUAAUUAAAGGAAAAUAUAAAAAAAUAAACACAAAUUUAAAUAAAUUUCCGUGUAUUGGAGGAACUGAAGGUGUUGGAUUAGUCGAAAGGGUGGGAUCAAAUGUCCAACAUUUAAGUGUUGGUGAUUUAGUUAUCAAUAUUAAUUAUUGGUUGAAUAAUAAUCAAAAUGAGAUUGAAUUAAAUCAAAUUUGGACAGAAUGGGACAUAAUUCCUUCAAAUUCACUUUUUUCUAUUGACAAGAAAAUUAAUUUUGUUUCGGCUGCAACUUUAGGAAUUUCUCCACCAAUUGCUUGGACAUUAAUUAAUGAUUUUGUUAAACUUGAAAAAGGGGAUUGGAUAAUACAAAAUGCAGCAAAUUCUGAUAUUGGAAUAACUAUAAUUCAAUUGGCAAAAGAUUUUGGUUAUUUCACACUUAAUUUGAUUGAAGACAAACAAGAUUCGACUUCUUUGAGAAACGAAUUAUAUUCAUUGGGAGCUACAAAAAUAUUUAAUGAAAAAGAAUUUUGUAAUGAAAUUACAACAAAUAAACAAUUUAAAGAACAAUUUAAAAUUCGUUUGGCAUUAAAUAAUGGAGAUAAAAAUAUUCUUAAUUUAAUUUCAAAGGGAUUAGGAGAUGAUGGAGUUUUGGUAAUUUAUGGUAAGAAAACUUUAAAAUUUACAAGGGACAUUGUCUACUAUGUGUACAAAAUUUUUGGUGUUGUUUUUGGUGCCAUUCGAUUAGAGGACACCCGACUUCCUAUUGCGAAGUGA